AUGUCCCAGCAAUGCGUGAUGGACUGGUCGUCCGCGGGGUCUUCCUCCCCAUCACAGAGCGAGGCUGAGAUCUCAGCAGCGGCCGAUGAAGAGGCUUGGAACUACUCCCUCUUUGACUUCAUCCUCGCUCAUGACGCAGCCUCUUCCUUCGACGCCAACGUUUCCUUCGCCCCGGUCAAGCGAGUGCCCAAGGUGCAACCGCACGCCUCCAAGCGCUGGUCGACCCUCGAGCAUCAGCGCUUCCUUGUUGCCCUGGACAUGUACCAUGUCCCCGGGAGGGAGGGUCAAGCGCGAGGAGAGGAGCAUGGGUCUGGUCUUGGGCGAGGAGCAGCGAAGAAGAUAUCUGACUUCGUGCAGACACGAUCGGAGGCGCAGGUACGAUCACACGCUCAGAAGUACUUUGCUCAGCGCAGGAACCGGAGCUAG